ACAUCUUGAAUUCUUCAACGCAACCACUUCCUUUUUCUCCCUCUUUUACUCUCCUUAAACCCAUACUUAUUCCUUAUUCAUGCAUUUUCUUGCUCCACAAACAACCCUUUAGAUUCCCCUCUCAUCACUUUCUUGUUCCCAUCACUCCAUGGAACAUAAAUUCUAUGAUUCUUGAUUGCCAAGACUUCUCUUAUUCGUGCAUUAUCCUGAAGAAAGAACAAAGAAGCUGUAGCUAUGGUUGGACAAGGACCCAAGAAAUUCUGGUAUUUUGUUCUCACAUCUUUUCUUUUAUGGUUCUUAUUGGUUUAUUUCUAUUAUUCUGGUAUAAAGAUAGAUAAAAACCAAGGUGACAAUUUUGUUGGUACCCAUGAAUCUACAUUUGUUCAUGUCCAUGGAAAUUCUAUUGAAAAGGGAAUUAAAGAUAGAGAAGAUGUUAAAGAAUCUACUGUAGAUGUGAAUGUAACAAGUAAAGGUAGCCCUAUUGACAAUUUCUUUACAGGAGGUGAUUGGGAUAGAUAUCUUGAUGAAAUAUCAAAGGAAUCAGAUAAUAUAAUGCACCUCACAGAGAAUAUUGAAGCUCAAUCUGCUAACAAAGACUUUGUUAGAGAUAAUGGGAUUGAAAGAAAGGUUGAUUAUGUUCCUAAAGGAGAGAAAAAGAUUGAACAGCUUAUCGUAGAAAAUGGUUCGGAUUCGGAUUCAGAAUCAUGCUUUGGUCGAUACAUUUAUAUUCAUGAUCUUCCUGGUGAAUUCAAUGAGGACUUGCUCAAGCAUUGCCAGUUCCUUAGUGAAUGGUCUAAUAUGUGUUCUUUGAUAUCAAACUUUGGUUUGGGUCCAGGACUAAGGAAUCCUGACAGAGUGUUUUCAAACACUGGAUGGUAUGAGACAAAUCAGUUUAUGCUAGAAGUCAUUUUCCACAAUAGAAUGAAACAGUACAAGUGCUUAACUAAUGAUUCCUCAUUAGCUUCAGCAAUCUUUGUACCUUACUAUGCAGGACUUGAUGUUGCUAGAUAUUUAUGGAAUUCUCAUACAGAGAUGAAGGAUUAUUAUUCGCUUGAUCUUGUCAAGUGGCUAACAGAAAAACCUGAAUGGAAAAGAAUGUGGGGUAGAGAUCAUUUCUUGGUUGCAGGAAGGAUUACUUGGGAUUUUAGAAGAUUGACAGAUGAUAAUUCUGAUUGGGGAAACAAACUUAUGCUUUUGCCUGAAUCAAGAAACAUGACAUUGUUGACAAUUGAGUCCAGUCCAUGGCACGCAAAUGACUUUGCUAUACCAUAUCCGACUUAUUUCCAUCCUUCGAGCGACAAAGAAGUGUUCGGAUGGCAGAACAGAAUGAGGAGAAUAAAAAGACGAUUCCUGUUCUCGUUUGCAGGUGCUCCAAGGCCUAACAUUACAGAAUCUAUCCGCGGAGAAAUCAUCCAUCAAUGCCAGGCUACAAGGAGGAAAUGCAAGAUGCUUGAAUGUGCUUCAGGUUCAAACAAAUGUUACAAGCCAGUUAAUGUGAUGAAGAUCUUUCAAAGUUCAACAUUCUGCUUGCAGCCUUCAGGGGAUUCAUAUACAAGGCGAUCGACAUUUGAUGCAAUCUUGGCAGGAUGUAUUCCAGUCUUCUUUCAUCCAGGUUCAGCUUACGUCCAAUAUUUAUGGCAUUUGCCUAAGGAUUAUACUAAAUAUUCUGUGUUCAUACCGCGUAAUGAGGUGAAAAAUGGCAAGGCAAGUAUUGAAAGGAUACUAUCUCGGAUUCCAAAAGAAAAAAAGAUGGCCAUGAGAGAGCAAGUUAUAAAGCUGAUUCCAGGAGUUGUAUAUGCAAAUCCAAGGUCUAACUUAAAGACCCUUGAUGAUGCAUUUGAUAUUACAAUUGAUGGAGUUCUUGAAAGGGUUGAUAAGAUAAGGAGUGAUAUCAGAGAAGGUAAGAAUGUUUCUGACGAAGAUGAAGAAUUUUCUUGGAAGAAGAUUUUGUUUGAAACAGUAGGAGAACAUGAAUGGGAUCAUUUCUUUACAAGGUCAUAGAAAUUGAAUAGGAAGAAGAGAUGUUAGAAACAUGAUAUGAAAGAAAGAAAGAUAAAAGGCAAAAGAUUGGUUUAAUUGUACAAAUGAUUCAUCAUAGAAAGGAAGAGAAAACUUCACUUUGUUUGUUUCUCAA